AUGGGAUCUCUAUUUCCUUCUCUUCCAGAUGAACUUGGUUGGGAAUGCCUGGUGAGGGUGGAAUUGAAUUCUCAUCACAACCUCAGGUGUAUCUGCAAAAGCUGGAACGCCGCAUUGAAAAGCCCCCACUUUUAUCAAGAUAGAAAAAGAUUGAAUAUUUCUGAGCAACGGGUUUGUAUGCUCCAGGAAAUAGACGGCAUUUGCAACAGGGUGGCAGUUUACGACCUGGAGAAGAACUCCUGUAAAAUUCUACCUUCCAUUCCCACAGAAAUUAACAGCAUCUUUCACUGCCAUUUCGUGCAACAAAAGCUGGUUUUGAUCCCGGCUUUGCUUGCCGACUCUACAAGAAAUUAUGUGUGGUUAUACGAUUUUGCUUGUUCGAAAUGGCGGCAGGGUGCCAAAAUGCCAAGAUGGCAGAAUGCAUUUGCCUCGGCAGCGGAUGAACACGAGGGACUGAUUUACGUUGGUGGGGGGCAUGACAGAAUUUUUCACAUUGGUAAACCAGUCCGUAGCGCUUCAGUUUACAAUGUGGAGGAGGACAAGUGGGAUCUUCUUCCCGACAUGAACACCUACAUGGAGCCCUACUCUAUAGGUCUUUUUUCUGAGGGCAAGUUUUAUGUAAUGGGAUAUUCUGACAGCAUUGAGGUUUUUGAUUCACAAACAAGAAGCUGGAAAACUAUGGAUGAUAGAUUCAACAGUUGGCGUUAUGUAAGCGCAUUUGGGCGCUUUUACUGCUUGUCUGGUAAGGGAUUGGUAGAAUAUGACUAUAGCCAAGAUAAGCUACAGUUUCUAGGGUCUCUUCCAACGGAGGAUUGGGCCCGAUUUAUCAAUUUCGCUGUAGUGGUUGGCAAUAAAAUCUUUGUGUGCAGGGAAAUGAUUCAAGGUCAAGAGUUCUGUAUGUUGGAACCUCCAAGUGAGAGAGGAGGAACAUUCAAAUUGAUUGGCAUUGAGACACCAUUAGGCUUCCAGGGUUUUGCUAUACAUGCUGCUACCCUAGAUCUUUGA